GUUUUGUUUGUGACCGCUAUAUACCGUGACCUUUUGUCAUGAAAGCGGAACUGAAAAUACAUCCUUGUGUAUGCAUGACAGUGCUGAAAAUAUCAGCAUAUUUGUAGCAUUAUUAUUGUGUAGUAUAUAUAUUUCACUUACUGCUACUGGAAUGUAAAUUUGUUACUGAGUCGUCGGGUACAGUAUUCGAGAGAAUCGUUCACUGAUUCAUAUCUCGAACUUGAAAGUUGAAGUUGGACUGAUCUUGAUUGGACUGAGAAUCGGAUUUGGAAGUUGCUCAACAAGUGAACCAACGUAACAACCUUUGUUUAUCUUUUAAAAAUCGAGAUCUGCUCCCAAAUUUGAGCCAAGAUGUCGUUCUGCUCCUGGUCUGGUGGUGAGAAGUAUAAAGAUCAUUUUGAAAAUGGUCUCUAUGUAUGUGCGGAGUGUGGCCAUGAACUCUUCUCCAGCAUGACCAAGUACCAGCACUCGUCUCCAUGGCCUGCAUUUACCAAGACCGUGAAAGAGGACAGCGUCUCCAAGAGACAAGAAGGAUCUGGAGCUCUAAAGGUAUCAUGUGGGAAGUGCGGUAAUGGUUUAGGUCAUGAGUUCUUGAAUGCAGGCCCAGACAGUAACCAGUCACGUUUCUGAAUAUUCUCGUCUUCCCUGAAGUUCAAGAAGGGGAAGACAGUCAAACAGAAGGGAGCACAAUUGUAGUUACAUCAAGGUUAUCAUCAAUCGGAACUGGGACAUCACUCCUCCAUCUAGAAACAUGUAGUUAGCAGCUAGUACUGAUAAGUAAUUGGCGAUCGAUUACCUUCAUUUAUGUUAGCCUGCCUUUUAGAUUAGCAUGCCAAAAUUAACCUGCCUAAUUUACAUAUUUCAGCGUUUUUGCACUUUAGUGCAGGUUAAGGACAAUAGGCAGGCUAACAAAGCAGGUUAAUUAUGUAGUCAAAAAGCAGGUUAAUUUGGCAUGCUAAAAAAGCAGGGCAAUUUUGCAGGCUAAUUGAGCAGGUUUAAAUGAUUAUGCAGGCUAUUUAAGCAGGCUAAAAUAAGCCUGCUUUUAAAAUAUUCAGGUUAAAUUAUGCCUGCCUAAUUUGCAUAUUUCAGCCUUUUUGCAGGUCAGAGCUUGCUAAGGAAUGAACCUGCUUUUUAGCAGCUAUGCAGGCUUGAGGCAGGCUAUAAGCAGGCCUGCCUUUUCGGUAAGGGCGUGCAGGUCUGUAUGAAGACCCCAAGGAUCAAGGAACCAGUACCAGUUAUGCAAAGUACUCUAAAUCUUUAAAAAAAAAGAUUUUAGUCUUUAACUACAGGAUUUGGCUGUAUUAAGGUAUAUAUGUAUGUAACGGUGCAAUACCAGCCAAGUGUUUUAGCAGUGCAGCAGCCUCCUAAAUUACGUUUUAAAUACAUAUUGUGAAAUAAACAUAGACACAUCCUGAGGGCUCUUUACACUGAAAAUUUUUUCUUUGUACAUUAAAAAGGGAGCAUUAUAGAAUUAUGUGAAUGGAUGCAUAAAAUCACUGGCUAAGGCUGUAAAUAAAAUAAUUGAAUUAUAUUUUUGAUCCUGAAUCAUUUAUCUGGAUGGAGAUGGGUCCCUUUUUCACAGUUUCUACCAUUUAUUACAUAAAUUAUAUGUAUAUUUGUUGAAAGUAAUAAUGAGAUAUUGUGCAAGUAAGUAAAUUUACUGCGCAAGAUGAAAUGCUACAAUUAAAUUUAUAAUAAAUGUUGUAGCAAUGAUGGCUGCGUCAAAGUAGUUUGCUCCUUGCAUAAUAUUUGGUUGUUUGUUUCUAAAGUGCGAAGCAAGAUUGGUUGGCAAUGGAAUAGAAUGUUAGGAAGAGGAUAAAAAUGCUUUGGUCAAAUCAGAUUAAUCAGAUAAUUCAGUGUCAAUUUAUACCCCUGUGACAGUGGAAUAAUGUCCUUUGAAUGAACAUGAUUGGGAGAUGAUGAAGUUUGACAUUUUAGACCUUCAUAAAAAUGCAGUGGCAUAAAUACCACCCCUAUAAAAAUCAAUAAUAAUGAUAAUGACAACAUUUAUACGAGUUUGAUUCAAAUAUCCUUGCUGACCAGUUUUGUCUUUGGUUUCGUUCUCUUUUGUCUUUAGUUUAUAGAAGGUAAUUACUUUGUCUGUGUAGCAUAAUGAUUUACUGCAGUGAAAGCCUUCACGCAACUGUAGUUCUGAUGAUUUGCCACGAUUCUCAUCCCUUCUCUAACCCAAACACAUAAGAAUAUAUCCAUGAACCAUCAGUUGGUUUCUGGUGUUUUUAUUUUUAAAUAGUAUUAUAAUUUGAAUGUUACCUUCAGAAUUUUUCAGGACCAUUACUUUCAGGACUUUUUGACAGAGACAUCUUUCAUUUGAUCAUGCAUUUAAUGGUUUCUGCACCAAUUGAAAAGUCUUUAUUUGUGUAUUUUUA